CCUCGUGAGGAGUCGUUUAUCUGCCAGCUUCGGAAUUUAUUUGUUAGUUGGGUCUCCACCAAGCUCUUUGCGUCCCUCAACAAUGGCACACUCGUCUCCCUGUUUCUACGCAAACACAUCUUCGAGCAUCUGCUGCGCCAAAGGUAAAGAGCAAAGUCCUAGUUUUAAAUUGAAGACAAAACCAAUCUAUCAGAAGGUUUCGCCUGGUUAUAGAGCCAGAGCAGCAGUAAAUGCUGGUUUUAGCACGACUGAAAUUCCUCGUCAGUGGUACAAUCUAAUAGCAGACCUUCCAAUUAAACCUCCUCCGCCUUUGCAUCCAAAGACUUUUGCACCAGUAAAACCAGAGGAUCUGUCCCCUCUAUUUCCUGAUGAGUUGAUUAAGCAGGAGGCAAGCAAUGAGCAGUUCAUCGAUAUCCCAGAAGAGGUUCUUGAUGUUUAUCGGAUUUGGCGCCCAACCCCCUUGAUCAGAGCCAAGAGGCUGGAGAAGCUGCUUGAUACACCUGCUAGAAUCUAUUACAAGUAUGAAGGCGGAAGCCCAGCUGGGUCACACAAACCUAAUACUGCAGUCCCGCAGGUCUGGUACAAUGCACAAGAAGGCGUAAAGAAUGUCGUGACAGAAACUGGAGCUGGUCAAUGGGGGAGUGCACUGGCCUUUGCCUGCAGCCUAUUUGGUCUAAACUGUGAGGUGUGGCAGGUCCGUGCAUCUUUUGACCAGAAGCCUUACCGUAAACUUAUGAUGCAAACUUGGGGUGCUAAGGUGCAUCCUUCUCCUUCCACUAUUACUGAGGCUGGUCGGAGAAUCCUUCAAAUGGACCAGGGAAGUCCAGGCAGUUUAGGAAUAGCAAUUUCAGAAGCCGUGGAAGUUGCAGCUAUGAAUGCUGAUACCAAGUAUUGUCUGGGGAGCGUUCUCAACCACGUGUUGCUGCAUCAGACUGUUAUAGGUGAGGAAUGCAUAAAGCAGAUGGAGGCCAUUGGCGAGACCCCAGAUGUGAUCAUCGGUUGUACAGGGGGCGGGUCCAAUUUUGCAGGGCUUAGUUUUCCAUUUAUUCGUGAGAAGCUCAAAGGAAAAAUCAACCCGAAUAUUGUAGCUGUUGAACCUACAGCAUGUCCAUCUCUAACAAAAGGCAUUUAUGCGUAUGAUUAUGGCGAUACAGCAGGGAUGACCCCGUUGAUGAAGAUGCACACGCUAGGGCAUGACUUUAUACCAGACCCUAUCCAUGCUGGGGGUUUGCGCUACCAUGGCAUGGCACCGUUGAUUUCACACGUCUAUGAACUUGGCUUCAUGGAAGCCCUUGCAAUCCCUCAGACAGAAUGCUUUCAAGGAGCCAUACAGUUCGCAAGGUCUGAAGGGCUGAUACCCGCACCAGAACCGACUCAUGCCAUAGCCGCCACCAUUAGGGAAGCUCUCCACUGUAAAGAAACCGGGGAAUCAAAAGUCAUUCUGAUGGCAAUGUGUGGACACGGUCAUUUUGACCUGCCAGCCUAUGAGAAAUAUUUGAACGGGAGUAUGGUUGAUUUGGACUUUGACGAGGAAAAGAUACAGAAAUCAUUGGCCGAUAUUCCUCAGCUGGCUAACGCUUAGGAAUCAAGUGUCGGCUAAUGCUUCUCCAUUACAAGGUAUGUUCUAGCUAGCUUAAUUAGAAGCCAACGCAGAAAUAUAUGCUCGAAUAAUGCUUGCUUUUGGAAUCAAUCUUGUUGUUGUUGAGUUGAAUUAGAUGCAAGAAUCUUGUUCUUGUUGUUGUUGUUGUUGAUGUUGAUGUUCUCAAUUAUAUAUAUAUAUAUAUAUAUAUAGAACUUCUUCCUGGCA